AUAAUUUGAAUCUGGUCCCGCGUCUACAACGGAAAGGAGGUAGUUAGAACCAUUUUCUCCGUUGAAGUUGUGCUCCCUACUCGUAAUCUGUAAGUAAUUAUUUGUGGCGUCCAUAAUCACGUUCAUAGUAUACAGUAACACAACCGAGCAUAAAAAUCCUCGUGCUUUUCACUACUAGAUUCUCGAACCUUCACCCCCUGCUUGAGGCUAAUUGAGAGACCAAUCGCUGUAUAAUUAAUCAGCCUGGUAACAAACGUCAAAAAACUCACCCCGACUCUACCUGUUCCCCGAUAGUUUUUGUUACUUGCAUUACUAUGCUUCCCGCGGAAAUUUUUGAUACUAUCGGAGACUUCCUUUACGACGAUCGACAUUCACUGCUGACCUGCGGCCUCUGUCGCCCUCUUCUACCUUCUACUCGCUAUCAUUUGUUCUCCGAAUUGUCUGUUCAGCUUAGCGCCCAGCGGGUCACCUCUCUCACUAGGAUUAUCAAAUCGACCCGUAACACCAUCUCUCCUUACGUCCAACGCGUCGUGUUCAACGAUUUGGCAAGAUGGGUCUUCGUUGUCGGUGUUUCAGAUAUCGAGAGUGCCAUCCGAAAAAUGCCUAGAGUAUUAUCCAUGUUGCCGGCCGCGAGGUGCGUGCGCAUAUCCAAUACGGACUUCGAGCAUGUCCCGCAGGAGGUUAUUCGAUGCCUCGUGUCAUACUUGCAUUCCUUCGUUAAUCUAGAGUUGCACUCGUUGCAUUUCUAUCGAUUCUCGGAAUUUGCAGACUUAGUAUGCUCGUUGCCCAUGCUUGACCGGGUCGAGUUAAAACGACUCACUUGGACGCAUAAUGGACGAGGAGUCUCGAACUUGGGCCGUGUCUCCUCUCAUGUCGAGUGGCAUAUUUUAGAGUUGAGACAUGGAAAAAAUCUGAGGGACUUGGCCGAAUGGCUAGGAGCCCACAAUCCUACUCCGAUCAUCCGGAGCUUCUACUACGAUGCAACUUCUCAGUCGGAGGUGUACCACUUGCGCAACCUGUUACGAAGGAUUGCUCCUUCCCUACGCUAUCUGCAGGUCUCUUUUCCCGUGUUCGCUGACAACAGGAGUAAAAGCGAUGCCCUACGUGACUUCAUCGAUCUCCAGGAAUGCACCUCGCUGCGCUCGCUUCGGUAUAAGCACAUACUAUUGAUGCCCGACGACGCAGUGACUACAAUGAUCAGCCCAUGGGUUUCGCAAAUGUUGUCGCAAAUACCGUCUGAUUCUCUUGAAGAUGUUGGCUUCGAGCUUAUGCUCCCUAAUUCGGGUGACGAAACGUGCUUGAAACAGUUGGACUGGAGCGGAAUUUCUUCCGCCUUAUCAAGAAAGGAAUUCCGAUACCUACGUUCCAUUCAAUUCAGCAUGUCUGCUGGAACGGGCUUCAAUUCCGCCUGUGCAACUAAUUACAUUCUCGAUCGAAUGCCCAGCUUCAAACACGCAUUGAGGGUACAGAUGGUUUGAAUAUUACUGCCCCCAAGCAGUGAACUGUUCGGCAGAAGUCUGUCAGGCCUACACGAAUUCCGGCUUAUUUUGCUAGUGCUGGUAUCCAAUAAACACCGUUGGCAAUGGACACACGAGGAUUUUGGUCCGAGAGAAUAAUCAGGGCGCCAGCGAGAAGUACACGGUCAAUUCGUGAGGUCGGGCAUAAAAUUUAGGCCCAAUAAAGCCAAUGUAAGGUAUAACUGCAUACAGGAAUGCUACCGGCUCUGUUCCUCACCCU